CGGUGCUCCCCGGAACACGCGACGUCUGCGAAAAUGCCUGGCACCUCGGCGUCCACGACGCUGCAGUACACGGGCAUCGCCGCCUUCGUCGCCAUCGUCCUCUACGCCGUCCUCUACUACAGCCGCUCCUUCAACUCCGUCUUGCUUACGCGCCGACACGACGCCAACGCCGAUCUCACGACCGGCACUGGCGGCGACGCAGUCACCGCGCGCCCCGGCCCCGUUCAGGCGCUCGGCCUCGGCCCCGACGACGUCGCCGUGCUCCCGAAGUUCACGUACCACGCGGCCUCGCCGGACAGCCGUGGUAAUGCAAAUGCUCCGGCGGCGUCGGCCGCAGACUGCUGCGCGGUCUGCCUCGACGAGCUCCGCGAGGGCGCGGUGGUGCGCAUGCUGCCGUCGUGCAAGCACUACUUCCACGCGGACUGCGUCGACGUGUGGCUUCUGUCGCAUGCGACGUGCCCAGUGUGCCGAGGGAGCCCGGGCCCGGAGAAAGUCCUCCUGGGCGUUGCGUCCCUGUCGCCGCCGCUCCCACAGCUGCGCCGGUUCGGGGCGGCGGCGUCCGAGAGAGGCGAGACGUCGGGAGCGAAAGAUGCCAUUUCAUCGAGGCCGCCGUCUCCAGUGAGGUCCCCAAUGCGUUUUGAGCUUAUGGUCACCAUGGGCAAUGGUAGUUCGGCAAUGUCACCGUCGCCGACUCGGUCAAGGACGCCAGACGGUGGAAUGUGCAGGACAAGAUCACCUUCUCCGGUGACAUUGGAACCACAUUUUGAUGUGUAGAGU